AUGUCUGCCGCUUCUGCCGCCUGUAUUUUCUGCAGGAUCAUCAAGGGAGAAAUCCCUUGCAUGAAGCUCUUUGAGAGCGAAAGGGUGCUGGCAUUCCUCGACAUUCAGCCACUGAGCCGAGGACAUGCGCUCGUAAUCCCCAAAUACCACGGUGCCAAGCUCACUGACAUCCCCGAUCAAGACCUCACCGAGCUGCUGCCCGUCGCUAAGAAAAUUGCCCUCGCCGCUGGGGCAUCGGAUUUCAAUAUCCUUCAAAACAACGGCAAGAUUGCUCAUCAAUUCGUCGAUCAUAUUCCGAAACCAAACGAGACCGAAGGUCUCACCGUAGGCUGGCCCGCGAAGGACGCGGAUAUGGACUCUCUUAAGGAGCUCUGCAACGAACUUAAAUCAAAAAUGUAA